UAACUUAAAAGACUAUAAAUUAAAUUUAUUUUAAUUCAAUUUAACACUGUGUUUGUUGAGAUGAUUAUCCUACAUUGAUGAAUUAAAAAUGAUGUGUAUUUUAUAAGUUAUUGGAGUUCUUUCUCCCAUUGUCAUGCGGUUUUGGAAUGGUAUUUCCUCGGCUUAGUGUCUGCACCUCGUGUUUUUUUAUUAUAUGCUAACAUUCACAAUAAGUCAAAUUCAACUUAACAAUUUUACUUUCAUAGUUCCAUUAUUCGUGAGAUUAAAUUCAAUUCAACUUGUUGGAAAUACUUCACCUGUGAAAUAGAUUCCACAUCCAUAAAAUAGUGAAUUGUGGACUUGCAUAUAUAUUAGCUGGGCUAAUCCUCCUACUAACAUAUGAUUUUGGGAAACAUUAAAUCUUACCAAGUAUAUGUGUCAACACUUUUGACCCGUGAGUCUAUGGGCCUGAAUCCACGAGUAUCCCAUAUCCUUAUAAAUAGACUACAAUAAAAUUGUGUGAAGAAAUACCGCGGCGUAACACAACCAUAAUUUGAUUCAUUCAAUAAAUUUUACUCUAACAACAUGUUUAUGGGCUCUAUAAAUAAAAGGUACUCCACUUCAUAAAUUGCGCUUAUUGGCUUUAAGGGGCUAUAAAUAGAAAUGAUUAACAAAGCUUCAAAGUCCAAAAUUCACACAUAAAACGACAUAAAACACUUGAACACCCAAAACACUCUUGAUUUUCGACUGAACUCAAAACCCAAGUUCUCUUUCUCAUUUCAAGUUUUGAAAAUGGUGAUUAGUCAUGCAAAACUCUUGAUUUUUAUUACUACUAUCCUUUCUAUUUCAUUGACAUUUUUCUCUGUAUAUGCCAACUUAGAAGGAGAUGCACUCUUUGCACUAAGGAAGGCAGUGAAUGACCCAGAAAAUGUGUUGCAGAGUUGGGAUCCUACCCUUGUUGAUCCAUGUACCUGGUUUCAUAUUACCUGUGACCAUCAUAAUCGGGUCACCCGACUGGAUCUUGGAAACGCUAAGUUAUCAGGUAAAUUAGUUCCAGAGCUGGGAAAGCUAGAGAGCCUUCAAUACUUGGAACUCUAUAUGAACAACUUUGACGGAGAAAUACCCAAAGAGCUGGGUGGGUUAAAGAGCCUUGUGAGCUUAGAUUUGUUUCACAACAAUCUUACUGGUCCUAUUCCUUCAUCGCUCUCUAAGCUCUCCAACCUCAAAUUUUUGCGAUUAAACGACAACAAUCUGACAGGAAGGAUCCCUAGAGAGCUUACCAAGCUUGGAAACCUUAAGAUCUUGAAUGUGUCAAACAAUAACUUAUGUGGUGCCUUUCCUAUAACUGGUUCAUUCUCAAAGCUUACUGAAGAAAGAUUAGAAGGACCAGAAUUGAUCGGUUUCGUGCGGUACAGUUCUGGGAGAGAAUGUAACUGAAGUUGAGAACAGGACCUCAAUUCAUAAGAGGGCGAAAUUUCUAUCGUGAUUAGACUUCGUUUGUUGGCAGCGCUUAAAGGUACACGCUUAGACCAUACUGUUUAUGUGGUUGUGCAAGUAGUGUUGUUUCAUUUCUAAUCGAGGCAUUGUAAAUCACAUAAGGAUUAGACAUUUUAAAUAAUUUGAAAGAAGUUAAUUGGGAAUUGAGGAUUUAUGUGUUUGUUACCCAAAGGGGUUAAUGUUUUGGUUUGUAUUAUGUUACCCAACAGGGUUAACGUUUUGGUUUGGAUUAUUACAAUUAUUGUUCCCAUGGCAGUUUGGGAUCAUUACGGUCACCAUGGGGGAAUGCAUACUUUUGCCUUUGACGACCCGAACAGGACGGGCAACGUCUUAGGUCGGUGGUUGCCUUGGGAUUAGCUCUCCCAAGUGUAUUCCUCCAAAAGGAUUGGAUUUAUACUUGAACGACCCGAACAGGACGGGCUACGUUACAAGUUGGAAUUAUCUAGUAAUGAAUGUAUUAGAGCCUAUGCAUGCUAGGAUAAACACAUUGCUUGUAUUCAACCUGGUUGACAUUUGUAUGAAGUCUCUGACGUGUAUUGGAUUGUUCUUUGGAACCUACUGCGUGUUGUCACACGACGACUAGUAGGUUGAUUGCAGGUGGGGACUAGAGUGAGGUCUCGACAGAGAACCCGUAAUCAUCAAGACUAUGCUUCUUUCUUUUGUAAUUAGAUUAUGAGUAGAAAUAACUCCGAAUUAUGUAACAAGAGAUGGUGUUGCUUUCUUUUCGUUUUCGCCUAUUUUAUUUAAUUUAUCUAGAGGCCUUUAGACUCUCGAGUAGGGAUGGCAACAGGUCGGAUCUGGACAGGGUCCAGGUGGACCCGGAUCCAGAUCCGUUUUCAGGAACAGGAUCCAGAUCCGGACCCGGAUCCGCGGGUUCAUUUUUGCAAGACCCAGAUCCGGCUCCGCGGAUACUGUGGAUCCAGUACCGGAUCUGGGUCCAAAACGGGUCUGACUUGUUUUUGCUUUUUUUUUUUGUAUUUUUGAAUGUGUUGAGAUUGCAAUAAAGCGAUAUUUAUAGACUAAUAUUAAUAAUAUAUAUAAUUUCACAAUCAAUCACCCCAAAAAAACAUUAUACAACUCAAAAUUGUCUUGAAAAUAUCCAACAAACACAUUAAAGUUGUUUGUUACAUAAAUAAAUAUAGCCGAUACACAAUGGGGAAGCACUUCCGAUGAAUUUGCUCCUUGGUAAUAGUUAAUGUAUUGAAAACUGCAAUUUUCAUCUCCCUGAUUCCGCCCCCCUCCUAAACUAGGCACCCAGAUUCUUUCCUGGUUGGUGUCCUGUAUUUCAGACAUUUUAUUUAUGGCUAGGUCAGGGAAAACAUUAUUCAGGUAUGAAACUUUAGACCAUAACAUUACCUGUUUGAACUGUACUGAGAUUCCGGUGUCAACAAAACAGGCUAUUAUUCUGUUAAUCGAUAAAAAUUUGCUGCAUAAUGCUGUCUCGAUUCGGUUCAAGUUACUGAUUUUACAUGCAGAUAUCUAAUGUUACUGAUUUUAAUAUAUAUUUUAAUAUAUAUUUAAUAUAUAAAAAAUAAAAAAUAAAAAUAAAAAAAAGGGUCCUCCAGAUCCGCGGGUCCGAAUCUGGGUAUUUUUCUCAGAUCCGGAUUCGGACCCGUGAAUUUAAAUGGAUCCGGAUCCGACGGGUCCAAUUUUUUAGGACCCAGAUCCGUGAAAACGGAUACGGAUCCGGGUCAGGUCCAAUACCCAAUGCCAUCCCUACUCUCGAGUUGUACGUAAGAACUUCCGCUGACUUACUUCUUUCACGUUGGUACUGUUUUCUGUUUUAAUUAUAUUUCUUUAUCGACGGAACGUUGACAAUCCUAGAGGAGACUUUUCUCUAGAGUCCAAAGAGUGGACUAGAAUUCGUAUUUUUCAUAUGAAUUAUCGAGUCACUUAAAUCGGGCCAUUACACUUAACCUAUAUACCUUUAAUACUAAAUGAUCAACCUUAAUCCCUAAACCUAAACCCUAAACCCUAAACCAUAAAACUUAAAUCCUAAAACCCUAAAACCUAAAUCCUUAAACAAUAAGCCAUAAAACCCUAAUCUCUAAAGCCUGAACCCUAAACCGAAAUCUUAAACCUAAAACUCUAAACCCCAAAACCUAAAUGAUAAAACCUAAAUCCUAAUCUUAAACCCUAAACCUUAUAACCCUAAAUCCUAAAACCCUUAAUUCCUAAAAUGCUAAAGUUUAAAGCCUAAACCCUAUCCGUAAUGAUUCCUUAAUAAACAAACCCUAAUAUUUAGUUAGUAGAGAUUCGACAAGUAAGCUCAAGGGAGAAGGUGCUAGUCAACUAAACUAGCCAUGAGCCCAUCACUAAACUUUUGAUAUUUUAUUUAUAGUUUUGAAUUAAUAUUGUGUAAUAUUCAAGGAGUAGUUUAAUUAUUAAUAUAAACAAAGUUUAAUUAUUAAUAUAACACUAUUUCCUGGUUGAGAUUUGAGGGUAAUAGUAAUUCAAAAUCUUAAUUUUUAAUAGUCUAAAGUGUCGUCAAAUAAGAGGAUUCCAGAUGUGUUGUAGAAUUCAUCCAGAAUAUUGAAAGUUAUUGGUUUUCUUCUACACAUCCCUUUUUAUCCACUAUCAAUUUGGGUGCCCAAUUCGCAUAUAACAGCAUCACACGCUUCUCUUUUUUCCGUUUUCUGGAGUAUUUAUCAAUUUUGAUCUUAAAGGUAUUAAUUUUAACGUAAGGUAAAACUAAAACAGAUCAAUUAAAAUAG